AUGCCAAACAAUUCAAUCAAAUUAUUAGCUCCAGAUGUUCAUAGAGGAUUAGCAGAAUUAGUUUCUAAAAGAUUAGGUACUCAUUUAACAAGUAGUAAGUUAGAACGUGAUCCUACUGGUGAAGUUACCUUUUCUAUCGGUGAAUCAGUUAGAGGUCAAGAUAUUUUCAUUAUUACUCAAAUUGGUGCUGGUGAUGUUAAUGACCGUGUACUUGAAUUAUUAAUAAUGAUUAAUGCAUCUAAAACAGCAUCUGCUAAGAGAAUUACAGCAGUUAUUCCAAACUUUCCGUAUGCUAGACAAGAUAGAAAGGAUAAAUCAAGAGCUCCUAUUACAGCUAAAUUGAUGGCAGAUAUGCUAACUACAGCUGGUUGUGAUCAUGUUAUUACUAUGGAAUUACAUGCAUCUCAAAUCCAAGGGUUUUUUGAUGUUCCAUUAGAUAAUCUAUAUGCUGAACCAAGUGUUGUUAGAUAUAUUCGUGAGAAUGUGAAUUUCAACGAUGCUAUUAUUAUUUCACCAGAUGCUGGUGGUGCUAAACGUGCUGCUACAUUAGCAGAUCGUUUAGAUUUGAAUUUUGCAUUGAUUCAUAAAGAGCGUGCCCGUGCCAAUGAAGUUUCUCGUAUGGUAUUAGUUGGUGAUGUUCGUGAUAAAGUUUGUAUUAUUGUGGAUGAUAUGGCUGAUACAUGUGGUACUUUAGCUAAAGCUGCUGAUGUCUUAUUAGAAAACAAAGCUCGUUCUGUCAUUGCUAUUGUCACACAUGGUAUAUUAUCAGGUAAUGCUAUUAAAAAUAUAAAUAAUUCUAAAUUGGAUCGUGUUGUUUGUACGAAUACUGUUCCAUUUGAAUCUAAGAUGAAACUAUGUCCUAAAUUGGAUGUUAUUGAUAUCAGUGGUGUACUUGCGGAAAGUAUUCGUAGAUUACAUAACGGUGAAAGUAUUUCAUAUUUAUUUAAACAUUAUCCAUUAUGA